AUUCCAUCGAUAGCUCUUUUUCAAAGGUUUUAUACCAUGGAACUACUUCUUCUGCUCAUCUCUGCUUCUUGUCUCUUGGUUGGAGUUGUAGGAAACCAUGCUGCUGCUCUUCCUUCUGAGAUCUACUGGAAAAACAAGUUGCCAAACACUCCCAUGCCCACUAUACUUCAUGAACUCUUGCAUCCUGAUCAAGAAGGCAAGUUGCUGACCGACAUAGUAGGAAGCUUGCGCCCCUCGGAUAAUCUCUAUGAUGUUAAAUACAACCCAAAGCACGAGUCGCCCACUGACAAAGUAGGAAGCUUGCGCAUCUCGGAUAAUCUCUAUGAUGUUAAAUACAACGCAAAGCACGAGUCAGGAAGCUUGCGCGUCUCGGAUAAUCUCUACGAUGUUAAAUACAACCCAAAGCACAAGCCACUGACUGACAAAGUAGGAAGCUUGCGCAUCUCAGAUAAUCUCUAUGAUGUUAAAUAUAAGCAGCUGCCUCUCAGCAAAAGCACCAUUCCAAACGGGUCAAAUCUCAAUGCUGCAAUAAAUAGUCCAGGCGCGUCUCGCUUCUUCUUGGAAAAAGAUUUACAUCCGGGAGCAAAAAUGAACUUGCACUUUGUUGUGAGUACUGCAAGUGGAACUACUUUCUUACCACAAAAGCUGGCUAAGGUGACCCCAUUCUCCUCUAGUAAGUUGCCAGAAAUCUUGAACCAGUUUAACAUCAACCCGAAAUCACAAAAAGCUGAAUCUAUCAGUCAAAUUAUUAUGGUAUGUGAAAAACCAGCUAUGGAAAAUGAAGACAAGUACUGUGCAACUUCAUUGGAAUCACUUGUUAAGUACGGUACUUCCAAAUUCGGGAAAAAUGUAAAUGUGUUUACUACGGUAAUUGGCGGAGAUAAAGGGAAAAGAACACAAACGGGGAAACAACAAUAUGUAGUAGGCUCGGGAGUAAGAAAAAUUGUUAGUGAUAACUUGGUUGUGUGCCAUAGCCUACCUUAUCCAUAUGCAGUUUUCUUUUGUCAUGCAACUGCAGCACAUACAGCACAAGCUUCAGUGGUGCCUUUGGUUGGUGCGGAUGGAACAAAAAUCAAAGCCACGGCCGUUUGUCACAAAGACACUUCAAAAUGGGAUCCUGACCAUGUAGCUUUCCAAGUCCUCAAGGUUACUCCCGGUACUGUUCCAGUCUGUCACUUCCUUACCGAGGAUACUAUUGUCUGGGCUGGCAAGAACAAAGAAAAUUGAGGAUAUGAGACUAUAAUGAUGAAUCGUAAUAUUCUUAAUGGGCAAUGUGUAUACGUGUGUACUAUUAGAUAAGAUCUGUGUAGUUAUUUAAGCUGUAUAUGUGUAUGUGUGUUGUAUGUAUGGGAUUAAAGGAUUGUACGUAUUUGAUGUUUGAUCGGGUUUGUUUAGGUGGUUAAGAUGGUGCUUAUAUAGUUAUAAGUGCAAUAUGGCUGUAAAGCUAAGGUAUCGAAUGAAAUAAAUUAUGUUUAGUUUUUCUCUAA